AUGUCAGGCCAAAGCUCAGGCUCAAGCUAUUACAUUGGACCCUUCGGUCGUAUGUUACCCACCACAGAUGGUCCAUCCUCGGAGCAGCAAUCCGGGCAACCAGCUAAUUUAUCAGAAUCCGGGGACCCCCCAUACCAGCUUCCACCCCCGCGUGUACCGGCCAGUUUACAAUUUGGAACGGAUCCCUCUUUGAGGCAAACGGACAAUCCCGAAGGCAAAGACCAUGGACAAAAGCCAGAACAACUCCCAUCCUUGAGCCAAAUUCUCACGACAGAAGGCCCUGCCAGUUCCUCACAUCCUCAAGCAUACGCACUUUUGACGCCGAGCAUCGAACGCCGUGAAUCUACUUACACCUUUCCUCACCAUGAUCCGAGGUUAUCUUUGCAACGUUCCCAGCCCGCCAUGCAUGAUAGGCUCAAGGGCCGCUCCGAAUCUUUCCAUCAACCUCAUAACACAGGCCUGCCUCCACUGUCCCAAGUGGCUCUGCAUGGGCAAAGAGAUUUGUCCCACCACACACCCACCAGGAGCGACCCAUCAAGUGCAGCCUUUCCACACGGUCAAUUACCACUCCACAGCACAUCCAUACACGAUCUAGUACCGGGUGGAGAGCUCUCAUCGCCCGAAAGUUCGAGUAGGCCGCAAAAGAUGCCUGUGCGGCCUGCCGUGGUAGAUGAACGAGUCAUUGAAGGAGAAGGACUGUGUUUUAUAUAUGCAGAUGGAUCAUACUGCCCGCAAACCAUUGACGGCACACCCGUGAAUGCUAAUUGGGGCGUGACCAAAGCUGGAAGGCCAAGGAAACGACUUGCACUUGCGUGUUUGACGUGCCGUGAGAAGAAAAUCAAGUGCAAUCCUGCCACCGAAGCCGUGUGCGAUCAAUGUCGGAAAUCUGGACGAGAAUGCCGGUUUGAAAGUGCCCCGCGUGGUAACCGCGCCUCGAUGAGAGGGUCAACAGGACCUUCUGGUAGAUCCGAGCCCUACACCCCCGCUAAUCACGCUUCGGAGGGUUCUCCGUCACUUUACGACGUCGCUCGAGCCUCGGACAGUGUGACCUCUCUUCCUGGGACUAACGGCCAGUCCCCGGUCUCUGAGGGUUCGAUGCUCACACCAUCCGGUCAGGAAGCCACGUAUGAAACCAUGGCCGAUGCAGACAGAGCUUUAAGGUCUCGGUCCUACCGAUUUCCACCACCCUUUUCCAGUGCAGAUGACACCCUCGGACGAGCUUCGGCACAUGUUGAGAACAGCCGUUCACCCGAAUAUUCUGAGAUUUUGGGGGAACUCAAAGAUAAUACCUCGGACGAUCCACUGAUGACCUCUUGGUAUCUCGAUCCGUAUGAAAGCGACCCAGAGACGACGAUGCAUUACACUGAAUGCUAUUUCUUGCACGUGAACAACGGUCUGUACCACAUGUUCCCGCAUGGACGAUUCCCUCUGUGGAUGAAGUCAUACCCCACAAAGUCCGCAGAAGAUAAGAUGCUUCUUUAUUCCAUGAUGGCUCUUGGGUCUGUAUUCUCCAGCAGGCCGGACAAGCUGGGAGCCAUGAAGCAAUAUGCACGCGUGGCGCGCUUCGCUAUCAACAAAAGCCAACAUGCCCUCUCUUUACAACUUGCGCAGAGCCAUAUAAUAAUGAGUCUUUGGUACUACGCUACAGGCUCAUUGGCCGGGUCGUGGGACUCGAUAGGCGCAGCCGGAAGAGCAGUGUUUGGGCUUCGCUAUAACGUGGAAUGUGAAGGUGUCGUGAGCCAAAGUCAAACGAGUAACUACGGGUUGCAUCCACAGGCGUUGAUUGAGUGCCGUCGGCGUACGUUUUGGAUCGCCUUCGUUCUUGAUCGCUUCUCGAGCCUCUAUUCGGUUUCUUCGACCUUUAUUUCGUCAGAUGCGGCUUUGUUAAGACUUCCAUGCCGCGAAGAAAUCUACGAGGCUCAACAGUACGCAACGGUGCCCUAUUUCCAAUCUUUCCUCAAUCAUACCCCGGCCUCCCCAGAGAACGAGCGAUCAACCCUCAGCGCCAUGGCCUUCAUGGUCGAGAUCAUGGCAAUCUGGGGAGAUGUCUCCCUACAUGUAACCCGUUUACCUCACAUUCCCUCCGAAGCAUACAACCGACUAUCCGAAGAGUUCCAUACCACUAUCGUCCAAAAGGCCAACCACUGGAUAACUCGACUUCCCGAAUAUUUAGCAUUUUCAUCUAUAAACCUGGAGCGCAGCAUCCGACAGAGAAAAGCGGAUACCUUUAUUUCGAUCCACUUGUUUUACCACGCCAACUUGAUGAAACUAUACAGACACGCCCGCUAUCAGAGCCUACGACCCGAAAUCCUAGUCCAGUACAUCCACCGAGCAAGAUACCAUGCCGUCGAAAUCAUCCGUAUCGCGCUCACCUUUGACCAAUACUCCAAAGAAAUCAUAUCAUCCCGAUCCGCAACAGACCCAUCUGGACCCCAGAUAACUCUUCUAAACCCAUUCCUGGGUUACCUAAUUCUCUCGGCGGUGGACGUCCUAAGCGCAGCAGGCCUAGCCUCCCAGCUACAGGAGUGCAUAUCCUACACCCGAAGCGCUCUAGACACAGUCCAAGAGCUGAGUCGGUACUGGGACAGUUCUUUGCAGCUAGUGACAGCACUUCAGAAACGUCUGGGUCUGAUGAUCGACUGCCUGAACGAGCGCAGCGUCAUCGAAGAAAAGCAAGGCUUUGCCCUGGAAGGCCCGUCGCUCGAAACAAAAGCCCAUGCUGGCGCUCUCCAUUCCCACCCGCCUGCAACUCCCGGCGAGGAUCUCUUCACCGGCUCAAUGCCAAGAGAGAUAUUACUGAAUGCACUGCGGGUUGACGAAACGCUCAUCUCCGCGAGCAGCAUUGCUUGGAUUAGAGAUCCUUGA